GAACGUUAAUGUAACGCUGCUUGUUGCUGUUGGAUAAUUUAUAUCGUUUAAAGAGUUUUUUUGUGGACAUGCGGUCUCAGAAACAACAAAGAAACAAAACAGCAGGACACCUUUUAACACCCAUGGUAAACAGCUACAAACUACAUUUAGCAGCGGUGAAAUCACUAGUGCCGGACAAAGUCAUACCGACACCUCUUGAUAUACGGUUGCCAAAAGAGCUUUGGAAAGGUAACAAUGAUGCCCACAGAUCUAAUCCAGCAAGAAAAGACAGUAGACUCACUACAUACUGCAGAAUCUUACCCACCCCAGUGCUGGCCAUUGAGAAUAAGUUAAUGAGACCAGAAUGUGCUCCAUUACACCCUCCAGCCACUGUAAUGGGGGAUCUGAGGUCUCAGAAACACAGAAGAAAAGCAAAACGAAUUAUCCACAGUACAGGAGCCCAUUUUUUGCACACCAGUGUCCUGCACACUGUCGGUGAUGCAGCAGCACUGAAUGAAAGAUCUGCUCCAGGUUUCCUCAGUGCUCCAGGUUUCUGCCGUAGAGAGGAUUGUUCGGCCAGCCUGGAGAGACUAGAUCUGGACCGUCGUGGUCUGAUGGAAUGGCCGGACCUGGACGGCAUGGAUACGCUGCGCUUCUUCAGCCUGCAGCACAACCUCAUCUCUCACCUCCCGAACCUCACUCACCUGCAUUACCUCGUCUUCCUCGAUCUCCAUGACAACCGAUUGCUGGACAUGACGGCCGUCUCCUGUCUCCGCUCGCUCCGAGUGCUCAUGCUCGGCAGGAACAGGAUCGAGAGAAUCUGUGGCCUGUAUGACCUGACUAAACUGGAUGUGCUGGACCUCCACAGCAACCAGAUCAGCAGGAUUGAGAACGUGGCUCAUCUGGUGGAGCUGCGAGCGCUGAACCUGGCAGGAAACUUCAUCACCCGGGUGGAGAAUCUGCAGGGCCUCGACUCACUGAUCGAGCUCGACCUCCAACACAACCGCAUCUGCACUGUGACAGAGGUGGACCGGCUGCCCCGGCUCCAGCGUCUCUUCCUCAGUGGAAACAGCAUCAGCAGUUUGGAUGAGCUGCUCUGUUUGGGAGACUCAGGCUCUCUGAGUGAACUCACCCUGGAUGGGAACCCUGUAGUUGAGGAGUCAUGCUACAGACCGACCACGCUGCGCUCCGUGCUUCCACUCCGCCCGCUCGACAUGAAACGCAUCACAGAGGAGGACAGACGCACUGGAGGUCUUUUAGUGAAAAGGGAGGAUGAGAAGAAACGCGAGAGCCACAAACAACCCACUCAUAAGGAGAAGCGACGGCUGGCCAUCCGUAACGCCGCCCAGCUGUGGGAGGAAUCCAGGAGCUUUCUGGAGCUUCCCACUCAGAAUGGUUCCCGGGAGGACGUGAGCCCAGAGAACAGCCCCGCCUAUAGUCCCGGACAGAUUAACGGACUCGCUCAGGAGCCUUCACCUGAUGAACUGAAAAGAGACAGAAUUAGUCCUGUCACUGUUCCAGAUCGUCCAGCAGGGGGCAGUGAUGGUAGAUUGCAAUUGCGUUCAACAAGCCGCCCCAACAGUCCCAGAGACCCGAGACUCCAGGAGGCAGGGGGCGCCAGCGUGCAGAGUCUGUCUCUGUCCGAGAGUCACGUGGCCGAGCUGGAUGGCGAGACAGUGCGUCUGUUCGGCCCCGGGGCCCUGGACACUCUGGAGAGGGGCUGGGGGGUGCAGACGGCCAGCGCGGUCACUACCAUGGCCUUCCGAUAUAUCCAGUUUGACAGCAUCGUGCCAACCCUGCCACGUAUUCGCCUCAAAUUUCCCAACCUCACGCACCUGAUGUUUAUGGAGACCAAUAUAACCCGCUUGCUGCAGUUGGCAUCUCUGGCGCAGAUGAAGAGGCUGGAGCAGGUGACCAUCGACCCUGAAGGAAACCCGGUGGUGAGCCUGACUCUGUGGAGAUCCUUCCUCAUCUACAGACUCAAUCACCUCAACCUGCAGAAAAUCAACGGCAUAGAGGUGACCAUAAACGAUGUCAUGGCGGCUGAACGUCUCUUUGGCUCUCUGGGUUACGUGGCCUCCACUGAAACGCCGCACUGUCGACUGCUGCUGCUGUUGGAGGAGUCCAGAAAGAGGCAACUGCAGUUCCUUUUGGAGGGCAGAGGUCGCAGGCUGGGUUUGAGCCCGGAGGAGCUGAGGGAAAACGGCAAGCUGUUGGGGGAGAGCAUGAGCCGAGCGCUGUUUAACUACCCCAGCAGGGACUUCAGCUCCGAUAGUCCUGAGGAGGGCGGCGGUGAGGUGCUGGAGCGCACCGCUAUGGUGGAUCAGUACCUGCACGGUCUCCUGCGCUCGGCCUCCAGCACCAGCGUGAAGAGGGAGGCUCUGCACAAGCUCUGGCCCACCGUGUUCGUGGAGAUGGUGAGGGACUGCGUGCUGGAGAUGAGGAACACGCCGGCGUACACCCGCACCUGCCUCAACACGCUCACCCACACCAAAUGAGAAACCGGAGAACGUGGAGCCAGGGAGCCAGGGAGCAAAAUGGAACUUGCAUGAGGAGAGAUGAAUGGAAACGUUACACCGAUGCCACCCAGGAAAAAACAACGUUCCGCAAAUUUCUCAAGCUUUCUGGAUACUUUCCUCCCUGGCUUCUCUUCAAGGUCUAGGUCUCCUAUGGAGGCUUUUGUUCCUAAUCUGAUGGAUGUUUUGUGUGUGGCCUGAGCUCAUCCUCGACACGAACAUGUUUUAGCUUUGAUGGAGGUUCAAGUUCUGACUGUCUGAGAAAAAAAGUCUAAAAAAUACAAUUUACUUACUUAUUUAAGUAGUAAAAUACACUAUACAUACAAAAGUAUUGGGACACCUCUACUAAUGACUGAAUUCAGGUGUUUCAGCCACAACAGUUGCUAACAGGUGUAAUAAAUCAAUUAUACGCUGUAUACUUCCAACUUUGCAGCAACAGUUUAGGGAGGGUCAGUUUCCUGUUCCAGCAUGACUGUGGCCCUCUAUAAAGACACAGACAUGAAGAAUUGCUGACCUCUGGAAUGAACUGGAACAUCAACUCAACUAAGGUUCUGUUGAUCAGUGCCCAGUUUUGUUUGAAUGGGCACAAAUUCCCACAGACAUACUUUAAAGUCUUUAAAGUAAGAAGCCUUCACACGUCACAUAGAGAUUACAAUAUUUUAACUACCAUUUCUUUUUGGACUGGGACGUCCAACCAGGUCAUGGUCAGGUGUCCAGAUACUUUUGGUCACACAGGUGUAAUAGACCGUACGUGAGCUCCUCUAGUCUUCCUAAUGGUGCUGCUAAUAGUUCAUUUCCUGGACGAAAACAAUCCGAUACGUUUCUUAUUCUGUCCAACAGAGAAAGACUGACGUGUUUAAUCAGCUUCUGUUCCACUUUUUAUGCUGCUGGUUGAGAUCCAGGUGACUUUUCCUCCUCUUGUUUCUUGAGUUUUCACCUUUGGUUCUGUAUUUUACAGGAUAUUAAAAGAGA